AUGGAAAAUCUUUUUACUAUAAAUAUAAAUCCAGAUGAAAAUGUGCGCUUAAAUAAUAAAACAGAAAAAAAUGAUUAUAUAAAAAUAAGAGUAGAUAAGGCAGAAGCUAGUAGUUAUGAAGAGAGUGAUAAUAGUAAUAAUUUAAUAUCAAUUGAAAUAAAUGAAAUAUGUAAAAAUGAUCAUUUUGAUUUACUUGGUGAAUUAAAUGAUAAUCAAAUUAAUGAAUAUGAAAAUACAAGGAAGAACAUCCGUAAAUAUGUUUUGAAAUGUUUUAAAGAAGACGACAUUAUAAUUGAUUUCCCGAAAUUUUGUGGAGAGGAUAUUUUUAAUGAGCAUAUCUUAGAAAAGAAAAAUUUUAAAUUAAAUUUAAGAAAAGAUAAAAUUAAUGAUAUAAUUUCAUCAUCUCAAGAAAAAUUAAAAAAAAACAGGAAAUCGGAAUUAAACAGUAGAUACUAUUUUGAUAAGAACCUUUUUAACUUUAAUGAUACGGAUGAAGGCAACUUUGUAGAUUUAAUUGUGGGCAGUGACAUAUCUUUAGACGAAAUUGAUAAUCAAAGCAAAGAUAAAGUUAAUGAGGGGGAAAUAGGAACUGAAGAGCAAGAGUUAAAAGAGAGGAGCGGAGAUACCAAAAAUGGAACUAACGAAGAAGAAGUUAAUCAUGAGCGAGUUAGCGAAGGAAAAGUUAAUGAAGAACAGGUUAACGAAGGGAAUGGGCAUAAUAGUAAGGGAGCGGAUGAAGGAAUAGUUAAUGAAGAUCAAGUUAACGAGGAUAAAUUAACGGAAAUUAAAGAAAAUGACAUAGAAAAUCACUACAAAAUAAAAGAAAAUUUUCCUUCAAAUAACACUGGUUUGAAUAAGAACAAAAUAGAAAAUGGUUUAAUAAAAUACACAGCAAAUAUAGGAAGUACUGUAAAUUCAGGUGUUCAUGUAAAAUUAAGUAAUGUAAUGGAAGAAUUUCAAGAAAAGAUAAAAAAUUGGCUUGUAAAAUUCCCAUAUCUAAAUUCCGAAAACUUUUUUUUUCAUUUAUAUUUUCUAACUGAAUUAUAUAGAGAAAAAAGAUAUGUUUGUCAGAACUGUGGUUCCUUUGAAUGUGAUAAAGAUUUUGCUUUUAGAGAUAAAUGUAAAAAUAAGUACUGUUAUAUAUGUAGUAAGCAUGUGUUCGGGCAAAUUUGUCAUAAUACUAAAACACAAUAUAUGGUAUAUAAGGCUAAUGUAAUGCAUAUAUUAGAUGAAUUUAAAAAUUUGAAAUAUCCUUACACAUAUAUGUCAUGUUUAAAAUGUAUGUCAAAUGAUCAUUUAAAAUGUGGAAAACCACCAUUUAUAUUUGCAAAAUAUUCGUACAACCUGAGAAGUAAGUUUAGCUAUAAAUUGAAUCCAAUAUAUUUCGUUUAUUUGAAAAAUCCACUUAAUAUAUGGACUGUAAGUAAUCCCAUUAAGGAUAAUUUUAAAAGUGAAAAAAAUUAUAGUCAAAAAGUUAUAACAAAUACUGCUGAUAAACCAAUUAAAAUUUAUAAUAAUAAUAAUAAUAGAAAUAGUCAUAUAAAUAGCAAAGUAAUAUAUAAUACAGAAAGGUCCAUACCUCAUCUCAUACAGAACAAAAACAACAAUAUUAACAAUCACAGUAACAAUUUAAAUGUGCAUAAUGUAGAAAGCGAAAAGGACGAGAGUGAUGAGAAUUAUGAUCUUGCUGAAACAAAACGUAGUGAAAUUCGUAUAAAAUAUUCAUUUAAUAAUAAUACACGAAAGUAUAAACCAAAAAGGAAUUUUGAGAUAUAUAAUUUAGACAAUGAUUAUCAUCAUAAUAAUAAUUUAAAUACAAAUAAUAAAAGGCACAAAAAUAUUCAUCACGACAAUAAUAAUUAUGUUAAUAAAAAUAAGCUCUAUCAAGGUAGUACUAUAUAUGAUAACAACAAUCAAUAUAACUCAUACAGUAAUCAAUAUAAUUAUAAAAGUAAUCCUAGAGAACGAAGUAACAGUAUUUAUUAUGAAAAUAAUUUUGUUCAUGAUGGGAAUUCAUAUAAAAAUUAUUCUUCAAAUGUUCCCCAAAAUAGUAAUAGACAAUAUAGUAGGCAUAUACAUAAUCAAGAUAAUCAUAACAGUAAUCAUUAUAACCAUAACAGUGGAAACUACGAUAAUGACAGUUAUGACAAUAAUAAAAAUCAGAAAAUAAAUAAAUAUUACCAUAAUAACAAAUAUAAUGAGGAAAAUAGCAAAUUAAAAGUUUAUAAUAAUUACGAAAAUAUCAAGGAAGGACUAUAUAAAAACGCAAAAUUUACAAAUAGCACAUAUAAUAAUAAACCUCAGAAUAAUUCCUUUUUAAAUACGAGUAUUAGUAAUCAUAUGAGUAAAAAGAGUUCUUCAAAUAAUUAUAACAGUUCUUCAAAUAAUUAUAACAGUUCAUCAAAUAAUUAUAACAGUGCAUCAAAUAAUUAUAACAAAAAUUCGAAUAAUUAUAACAACUGUUCAAAUAUUUACAACAAUGCUUCUAGUAAUUACAACCAAAACUCGAAUCAUUACAACAGAAGUUCGAAACAUUACAACUGCGAAUAUACGCCUAAUAAAAAUUUUAAUUAUACUUCUAAAAACAAUAAUUCAAGAAAUAAUUAUAAUAAUCUUAACACUAAAAGAGAUAACGGUACAAACAAAAAUGCAUAUAGAAAUACGAACUCCAGUAGAAAUACUUAUAACAACUAUCAUUAA